UGUGUUGAGUUCCUCAUGUCUCAUUCGUAAACAACAGAAAUACCUCGCGCGCAUUCGCUCUGUUCUGAAACAACACAACAGGACAGAAAUGCGCGCGCUUUAGAAGCACAACUCACCCACAAUAACAACCAGCUCAUCUCACAUUAAGUUGAACAGGAAUUAAAAAUCUAAUACGAAUAGUUGUGUACUCGGUUUUAAUCCAAGUUCAUAGUCGAGUUCGAGUUUCAGAACUUUGAGUAUAAAAGGUCGAUUAUUCCAUUAAUCGGAAGUCGACUUACCUAUCCCUAAAGCGGCAAAGUACAACAAAAAUACAUCAAAGAACUCAAAGAACAAUUACAAAAGAAAAAUAAAAAACAUAAACAUAAAUGCAAUAUUGCAAUACUAACAAGCUAACAAACCGAUUUGGAUUUAAAAAAUACGUAGUAUGUGUCUAUACAGUAUCACAUGGUACUGAACAUACCAUACAAUUCAAUAUAGAACGUUAACCAAAGGAGGAGUAUAGAAGGAAGGAGAUAAUAAGAAAAGAAAACAUUUGUAAAUAAACAAAGCUGUAUAAACAAAAUGUGGCUGGUGACCUACGAUUAUAUGGAAGAAUUCUUACAAAUUCUUAAAAUUUAUAUAGCAUUUGUCAACUUUAUUGAUCUGGCUUGUCCGACUCGUUUACGAUGGGCUAGAGAAGAAUUCUCCCAGAGAGAACGGGAAAUGCAUUCAUUAUACUUGCAACUAAUGGAUUUAGUCAAGCAGAGGAACAAUAGGGAGUUUCGCAAAUUUACACGGAUAAAUAUAUCUACCUAUGAACAUCUGGUACACUUACUGAAGAAAAAAUUGCAAAAGUAUUCGGCAAGAAAGCCUAUACCACCGGAAUGCCGCAUAUUAGUUACGCUAAUGUACUUGGCAUAUGACUCUCCCCGGCCUUUGUUGCAGAUGGCAUUUCGUUUGGGUUCAACCACAUUGCGUUCCAUUAUCACUGAAACUUGUGAAUGUAUAUCCAAAGAACUCUCAGCGGGAUAUUUCCUUAAUUCCUUAAACGCCGAUGAUUACUAUGAAUUAAGCGAAGAACACCUUGAAGCAACGGGUCUACCGAAUUGUGUUGGCGGUUUGGAUGCCAUACAAUUCUUAACAGAAAGAAAAACUCGAGAUCCAAUAAUUUUAGUUGCAUCAAGUAAUACCAAAUACCAGUUGAUUAAUGUGGACUUGGAUAUGAUGCAAGAUUUAAUGGAAAAAGACAACGUUGUAAACAAUUUGCUUCAAAACAAUGCAAGUCGUUUAAAUUUACCAGCCGAUAUGCACAUGUCGGAAACUGGUGUAAUUGUACCAUCAUAUUUCGUAACUCCACCCCGUUUUCCAUUCGUUAAACAUACCAUGAGACCAUAUCCGGGAAAGCUUUUGAAUGCUCAAAAGGAGGCGUUUAAUGCUCGGCUGAAAUGCUGCACAGACUAUCUAGACAAUGCGUUUGGAAUAUUACUAUACCGAUGGAAAGUAUUACAAAAUCGUUUUUCUGGCCUACCGGAGAUCUCUUGUAACAUCAUUAGAUCUUGUGUUAUUUUACAUAACUUUGCAAUUGAGCACGAUCCUUCGUAUUUACAUAACCAGCUAAUGGAUCACAUAGACGAAGAAACGCAAGAAUUCAAACAGGGUGUUUGGCGUGAGACUGUUAAGUUACCAAAAACAAAACUAUUCAAUAACUAUGAUAAUUCAGCGGAUAACGAAGCUUUUGCAAGUAGGGAUUUAUUAAAGGAUUACUUAUUCAGAGAAAGUAUGUAAUAAAUGUUAAUAUAUAUAUAUUGUUAUCUAAGAA